CCUGGGCAUCAGUAGCUUGUCUCCUGUUGGCAUCCCUUUCUCAUCCUUCUAGGCAGAACAGCUUCGUGCCCAGCAGCGAUGGACCCUCAGAACUGCGGCUGUGCCACUGGUGGCUCUUGUACCUGUGCUGGAUCCUGCAAGUGCAAAGACUGCCGGUGCACUUCGUGCAAGAAAAGCUGCUGUUCCUGCUGUCCGGUUGGGUGUGCCAAGUGUGCCCAGGGAUGCGUCUGCAAAGAGCCCCAGACCGACAAGUGCAGCUGCUGCCAGUGAUUGCCGAGAGGAAAAAAACUUCCUUGUUCUUGUAAAUACUGUAAUUUGUACAAAUCCGGUUUCCUCUGCUCUGAAAGUUUUUACUUUUUUUUUUUUCUAUGAAAUGUGGUGACAUUUGACUGAAAAUAAAAUCAAUGAGUAAAACUCCAAA